AUGGACUCUGGCUGGCAACCGUAUCAAGACCCCCAUCUGGGUCAUCCCGCGCAGUUUAGUACGGCUUUGGCUUCGCACCCUCAGCAGACACCCUCGAAAUACGGUCAGCCACCAUCACAGCCGCCCGUCGGAUAUACCUACGAGACCUUCCAAACACCCGGCACAUCCUCGAAAGCACCAUCGGCCGGCACCAACUCAAAGACCGUCUCGAUGGCUUCGUCGCCAGCUGCUACGCCACGUACGCGGGAUUAUGUCACCGACGCGGAUACCACCAUGGAAGACGCCGACCCGUACAACCGGGCAAAGUACCCCUCGAGGCCAAACCACAGUCGCGCAUCCUCGCAGUAUUUGAAUCAAGCAGAGGAGUCCUCGGCUGCCCGCAGGUAUUCCCCCGGGAACGUGAUUUCGCCGCCGAUGUCAUAUCCCACCAGCCCCGGCAAGUCCCAGGGCUCGUAUGGAUUCCCAUCCGCACCCCAGAGCGCUUCUCGACGAUCGCCUUCCAAGCCAGAAUACGCUUCACCACCCCAGGGAUUCCAGUCGCCGCCAUCCAACCGCGCCCCUAGACUCCCUCCCCUGCAAUCCGGUGACCUGAGUCCAGACCAAUACUACCCGCCCUCGGCUUCUUCCCACAUGAGUCCCGGAUUUGGGGGAUCGCGGUCACCGCGCUCCGGUUCCCUGCCAUCUCAGCCUCCCUUGGCCGCAGGCCGUGGCCCUGUCCCGAAGUUUCGGAAACUCCAGUCUGUCCAAGAGCUCCAGCCCCGUACGAAUGUGCAACCCGCAUAUCGACGCGCCAAUCCGGAAGGCGGGUUCAUCAGUCCCCUUCAAUCGCUUACCACCCACCUCCCGGCCACCUAUCGCAUCUGCAAUCCCGGUUUCAACUACGAGUCUUCGAGGAACCCAAGACGUGUUUUGACCAAACCCAGCAAGGGUUGCAAAAACGAUGGGUAUGAUAACGAGGACAGCGAUUAUAUCCUCUACGUCAACGACAUCCUUGGGAGCGAGGAAGCCGGUCACAAAAAUCGAUACCUCAUUCUCGAUGUUCUUGGCCAGGGUACCUUCGGACAGGUUGUGAAGUGUCAGAACCUGAAGACCGGAGAAGUGGUGGCAGUGAAGGUCAUCAAAAACAAGACUGCAUACUUCAAUCAGAGUAUGAUGGAGGUCUCAGUGUUGGAUCUGCUCAAUAGCAAGUACGACAAAAACGACGACCACCACCUGCUUCGCCUGAAGGACACCUUCAUCCACCGACAGCACUUGUGUCUUGCAUUUGAGUUGCUCAGCGUCAACCUUUACGAGCUAAUCAAACAGAACCAAUUCCGCGGACUAAGCACCACCCUCGUUCGCGUGUUUGCCCAACAAUUGCUUAACGCCUUGAGCUUGUUAAACAAGGCCCAUCUUAUUCAUUGCGAUUUAAAGCCUGAAAACAUUCUCUUGAAGAACCUCGAGAGCCCUAUAAUCAAGGUGAUUGAUUUCGGUUCUGCUUGCGAUGAACGUCAGACAGUCUAUACUUAUAUUCAGUCACGGUUCUACCGAUCCCCCGAGGUACUCUUGGGAUUGCCGUACUCUUCUGCCAUUGAUAUGUGGUCCUUGGGCUGCAUUGUCGUCGAACUCUUCCUAGGUCUACCUUUGUUCCCCGGAUCCUCCGAAUACAAUCAGGUCUGCCGAAUCGUUGAGAUGCUUGGCAUCCCACCGACAUGGAUGCUGGAGAUGGGCAAGCAGUCCGGCGAGUUCUUUGAGAAAACACAAGACGAAUUCGGACGGAAGACAUACCGUCUCAAGAGUCUAGAGCAGUACUCAAGGGAGCACAAUACAAAGGAACAGCCAAGCAAGAAGUACUUCUCUGCAUCGACAUUGGAAGAGAUCAUCCGGAGCUACCCAAUGCCACGCAAGAACAUGAAGCAAGCAGAGGUUGAGCGAGAACUCAACAAUCGGGUUGCGUUCAUUGACUUUGUGCGUGGGCUGCUAUCAAUUAACCCCCUGGAGCGAUGGUCGCCACAGCAAGCCAAGCUACACCCAUUCAUCACCCAGCAGAAGUUCACUGGACCUUUCAUGCCCCCCAUGAACCUCAAGUAUUCCACCGCCAACAAGCCCGCCCCUGGCGUUCAACAGCAACAGCAGGCUGAGACUGCCAGCAAGCAGAGAGCCGCUCAGGCGGCACAUGCGCAAAAUGCCUACGCUGCCCAGAUGAACCAGUACCAUACUCCGCCCCAGCCGCAAGCCCCUCCCAUGUAUAACGGCAUGUACCAACAAGGCGCCCCGCCCCCUCCAUACCCAACCCAGCCACCAGGGUAUGGUCAUCAAAUGGGGAUGGUGCCGGGCAACCCAAUGCCUCCCCAGAGCCUCUACGCACAAGCCACAACACGCGCAGGGCGCCAACGGGCGUCUACAAUGGACCCCAACGGAGGAAUCCCCACCACCAUUCAACGAGUUGCUAGUCACCUGGACCCCAAUGCUCCUAUUCGACUGCAACCCAGUCCUGCAUACUACCCUCCUCCUCCUGACGGAUACGUGGAUGCUAACGCUAAUCAACGGCGUCGCGGCAGUCGAGCAGCCGGCGGAAACCAGCGCAACCGUGACUUCAUCCGCACUCUCGAGGACGGUGUGCUGAGUGAGGGAUACAUGAGCCAGAAUCAGUGGCACUAG